UCGCAACGAAGCAGAAACUCAGAGGGGCCAAACCGUCAGAAACCCCCACCUCCGUCGCCUCCCCAUAUAUCCCCCGGUCUUCUCGUCGUCCGCUCCAGUCCCGGCAGCACGUCGCCUCGCCUCGCCACACCACCUCCACGUCUCUGUCCCUCCCGCGUCCGUCUUCCCAACCAACCCACCCGAUCUUUUUCCAGCCAAACCAACGCACGCACACCCUCCCAAGUCCCAACGGCAGCAGAGCGGCGGCGGCGGCGGCAAAUGGCCAUCGAGGCGGACGCGGCGGCGGUGACAGCGGCGAGGGCGGUUUCGGAGACGGCGCCCAUGUCCCCGGCCGCCGAGACGGCGGCAUCAGCGGCGGCGGCGCGCCCGCGCGGGUGGCUGAGGAAGCUCAUCCCGAGAGACUACCACCUGCCCCGGAGCAGCCGGCGCUGGAGGCUGGCCGCCCCGUCCGCCGCCGGCGCGUCCAGGCUCGCCUCGUCGCUGUCUCGCUCCCUCAGGUGGAAGGGCCUCCCGGGGCUCUCCUCCCUCUCCCUCCGCAGCGGCUCCGCGGCCGCCGUCGUCGACGCCGUCGCGUUCCGCGUCAUGUACGUCGUCGAGGCCGUCGUGCUCGGCCUCGCGCUCUCCUGCUUCUUCCUCUGCUGCGGCUGCCACCUCUAAUUAAGCUGCCGCUUUUCUUCCCCCCUUCACUUCACCACCACUGCUCGGCUGUUGGCGUGUAACAAAUGAAAUGACCAUCGUUUUGGUUCUUCCUUCGAUCGUCUUCCUGUAAAUUUCCUACCUUUUGCUAUUGGUAAAAAAGAAAAAGAAUAUGAAAAUUUGCGAUGCCUACUGGGUGUUGAUUAGUUUAA